AGCAUCUCUCGCUGACAGUCUAUCCAAGAAUUCGAAGCAUUGAAUGACUGAGCUCCACCCAGACGACCGUGCAUGCAAUACCCACCCCUGAGAAGCGUCGGUAUACAACCCUCCCUCGAUCAUGUCAAGGGCUUAUCGUACAUGUAACCUAUCGCCCGUGGUAGCAGGGGUUCCAUUGCGGGGAUAUGGAACGACUAGCACCUCUCGCUCUCCCUUGCACUCGUGUUUCAAGCCAUGGCUCUCCUUACUGUUGCACAAAUCCUCGACGUCGCGCGGAAAACAAUCGCAAUCUUCGAGAGCCACGGUCUGAAGUGCUGUCUCAUGGGUAGCGCCGCGAGCUAUCUGCACGGGGUCAAGCGCACACCGAAUGACGUCGAUCUCGUCGUCCUAUCUACCACCUUCACCCAGGAGGCGCUCAAGGAGCUCCUCGUGCGCGAAGACAGCCAAUACACCCUCGUCCGUUCGCGCAACCCCCGGGCAACCUACCGCGUGCUUUGGUACCGCUUCCCCGGCACAUAUGAGCGCUGCAAGGUCGACAUCCUCAUCCCCGGCGUCCUCAAUCUGCUGCUGAAGCUCCAGGGGUGGUCUGACCACCGUGCAUCAACGCGGUCGGAUAUGCAGUUCAAGCAGUACCUCGACGUGCGCGACAUCGAGGCGCUCCUGGCGAUCGUGUGCAGGCGCGGGCUGCGCAUCGACGACGAGGACGCGCAGUGGAUCCCGGAGACGAUGAUCGCGGACGCCCUGAGCACGUUGCGGAGGUAUGUGGUGUAUGCGUCGCCGUAUGGCGCCACAGACUGGAGGAAGCUGGGCUUCGAGCUCCCUGAAGAGAGCGUGGUGGAGUACUAG